AUGGCUAUCAUCAAGCCCGCUCUCCUCACCGCACUGGCGGCUGCUGCCAGCACAUACGCCCAGUCUGCAAACCCGGGAGUGGGUAGCAACCCCAAGGCCCAGGGCGCGACUGACAAUGUGACGCCCAGCACGGGGCCCAACGGAUCGGAGGACUGGUUGAAUACCGGCAUCACCGGCAACGGAUGGACCCCUCCAUACCUGGCUCUCGAGGACGUCUACCACAUCUCCCUCGAUGACUUCUACCGUGGCAUCGGUUCCUCCUGCUCCCAGUACGACAACUACUUCCAAAGGGCUGGGUCUAAAUACGGUGUCGACCCGGUCAUCCUGGCUGUCCUGGCUAUGCAGGAGUCCUCGUGCAAUGCCGACGCUGGUGGGCCCACACCCGGCCUGAUGCAGGUCUCCUGCGACAAUUACCCGAACGGCAAAUGCACCGAUUCGAUUCAGGACAACGUCGAUGCCGGCACGAACUACCUCAAGUCCCAACUGGACUCCUCGGGUGGCAAUGCUGUGCAGGCGUUCGGUUCGUACAACGGGUGGUUCACGGCCGACAGCGGGCUGAACGGUAACAAGGGUCUGACUGAAGAUUACCCCUGCUCAUCGGAGGGUAAGUCGAACGGAGUGCCGCAGAAUCUGGAUUACCUGCAUCAGGUGUUGAAUGGCUGGUUGUUGGGACUGGAUGUUUACGGCAAUGAUAACUGGAUCGGUACCUACAAGUGCGACCAAUCGUGCAGCGACGGCAGCAAGUGCUAG